GUCUCGGGUGUGCUGACAUUUAAAACGAUUUUCCAGCAAUUUUGAGGCUAUUUUGCUUGUCGUUGGAAUAUAUCAUAACUGGGACACAGAAAGUAAAUCCUGGUGUCUCAGACUCGGGAGAAAAUGAACGGUUUCUGGAUUAUUUACUUUCUGGCUGUGGUGGGAGGUUCUUCUGCCCAGGACAACGAUGUCCAGUGGUUCGAUAUUGAGGAGACACAGAAACAACCAAAACAGGUACAGAUUCUAAAAACAAAGGCAGGGAUUAACUACCAACCAUAUGAACAGGCAUGGAAGGAAUUCAAGUUCUUGCACGGUAAAACCUACAAAUCUGUUGAAGAGGAGAUCCAUCGCUUUGAGAUUUUCAGAGAAAAUAUUCAGAAAGUCGAAGAACAUAACAAACUAUAUCACAUGGGGAAAACAUCUUACUACCAGAGAGUCAACCAAUUUUUUGACCUUACUCAUGAGGAAUAUUUGAAAUGCAAUGGUUUAAACACGACGCCAAUUAAAGAUGGUGUGUGUUCCUCAUUCACUGCAUCCAGUAAUGUAGUAGUUCCUGACUUUAUCGACUGGAGAGCAAAGGGCUUUGUAAGAGAUGUAAAAGACCAGGGUAUGUGUGGUUCCUGUUGGGCGUUUAGUGCUACUGGUUCCCUUGAAGGACAACACUACCGUAAAACAGGCAAUAUGGUGUCCCUUAGUGAGCAACAGCUGGUGGACUGCUCCAGAUUCUUUGGAAAUGAUGGUUGUAAUGGCGGAAAUAUGAUCAACGCAUUUGAAUACAUCAAAUCAGUAGGGGGGAUUGAAACUGAGGAGGGUUACCCUUACAAACAUAAAGAUGGAGAUUGUAAGUUUAAUAAAAAGAUGGUUGUGGCCAACGUCACUGGAUGUGUUGUUAUUGAAAGUGAAAGUGAGUCAGCUCUUAAGGUAGCUGUAGCUGAGGUUGGCCCUGUAUCUGUAGGAAUAAAUGCACUUCCUUCUUUCAUGGCAUAUGGGGGAGGAAUUUAUGAUGACCCAAAUUGUACAUCGGAGACGUUGAAUCAUGCAGUUUUAGUCAUAGGAUAUGGGUAUAAUCUAACUAGAACAGAUUACUGGAUUAUUAAGAACAGUUAUGGUCCAGCUUGGGGUGAGGAAGGAUUUUGCAGAAUGUCUAGAAACAAAAACAACCAGUGUGGAAUAGCUUCACAAGCCAGCUAUCCUCUUGUGUAGAAAACGCUUAGCGAGUACAGUGUUGUUUAGUUAUAGAAAAUAGCUGUUUCGUAAAGCACAUGUUAUUAUGUUUAAAGCAUACAGACUUAGCUAACCAUUCAUAAAAUGUAGUGAGAAAAAUUAUUUUCU